UCUCGAGUAACCUGCCAGACGUUUUUAUUUUCAAUCUGAAUGGGCGGGCGUGACGAGGUACACUGAGCAGCGCUUUGCUAAAUAUUCCGCCGAUAUUUUCAGAGACCUGUGACGAUUUAAGAUCAUUUAUUUAUCAACCAGGGACCCGGACCAAUCAGAUUCCACGCACGUCGAACUGCUUUCAUUCAUAUUCCCACCCCGGCAUUGCGUCUGUCAAAUUCCACUACUCCGCUACAAUUACCGUCACCCGAAGUUUUUAAAAAGAAAAACAUGUGAAAAAAUGGAUUUUUUAAAAUUUACCUGAGGAUAUAGACUUUUUACACGUUCUCUCUAAUUAACGUGCGGUUACUUUGAUCCCGGGGCAACGCGACCGAAUCAAAGGGACACUACAGCGAUCAGUUUGUUCCGUCUAGAUCUAAUUUAUGAUGUAUGUAAUUUUAUUUUGGAGGGAAAAUGUGAAAUAGACCUCUUCGGAAAAGGACGAUAUAGGUGUAAUAAAUUAUCUAUUUGACUCGGACUUAUCACUGCCGAUAUUCUCCCACCUUUAUUCUAACUAUCGACACCUUCAGACAUCGGUGAAGAAUUCGGCUGAAAUGUGUGAUAAUUUCUAAUAAGUGCUGCAAAGUUUUCAACGGGAAAUUGCUUCAGUUUUUGUUCCUGUAUAAUUUUUCCGAUCGGAAUGAAGACCCCUGAAGUCUCCUGGAUUGUUCUGUACCUGUUUUCCGGAAUUUACCUCGCACAGGCAUCAUGGUGGUACCUGGGAAUCAUCGGGUCCGUUCGACCGACUAUGAGGGAGAUUGUGACGUCAGAAAACAAGGAAACAAAUUGUGCUAACAUGAAUUUUCUGUCGGAAGAUCAGCGGAAGUUGUGUGGAAAAGAACGCCGCCUACCCAAAGUGAUCAGUGAUGGCGCGUCUUUAGGAAUCCAGGAAUGUAAACAUCAGUUUGCCAAUCGUCGAUGGAACUGUUCGACUUAUAACUCAACAGACGUAUUUGGUGGCAUUUUGAAAAAGAAAAUUCGUGAAAAAGCUUACAUUUAUGCUAUAUCGUCUGCUGGUAUCAUGUACAGCAUCACGAGGUCAUGCGCCAAAGGUGAGCUGGACAACUGUGGCUGUGACAUGAAAGUCAGGCGGAAGGAUACACAGGGGCAGUUCGAGUGGGGCGGGUGUUCCGAAAACACGAAAUAUGGCGCCAAAUUUUCCCGCAAAUUUGUGGACACAAAAGAGUCGACAACAAAAACAGCAACGUCACUGAUGAAUUUAUGGAACAACGAAGCCGGGCGGAAGGCUGUCAAGAUGAAGAUGGACCUUGUAUGUAAAUGUCACGGAGUCUCUGGAUCUUGUUCAAUCAAAAUCUGCUGGCAAAAGAUGAAAGAUUUUCGGUCAAUUGGAGCAUAUUUAAAAGACAAAUUUGAUGGCGCAAGCCUUGUUCAAUAUAUCAUACCAAAAAACAAGUUAAAAAGAAUCAGCAAAAAUAUGAAAAAGCCAACGAAAAAAGAUCUUGUAUAUUUAGAAGAAUCUCCGGAUUUCUGCGAAAAUAAUCCCGAAGCCGGGUCACUCGGAACAAAGGGAAGGCAGUGCGUGAAAGACGGUUAUGGACUAGAUGGGUGUAACUUGAUGUGUUGCGGGCGUGGUUACUAUACCACUGUCGAGGACAUUCGAGAAGACUGUGACUGUAAAUUUGUGUGGUGUUGCCGAGUAGACUGUAAAACUUGCACGCGCAAGGAGGAGAAACACUUCUGCAACUGAGAGAUUCUGGGACUAUAUUCACUGAGAAUUCCCGCCAAAAACCCUCCAUGUACCUUCAUGUACUUCUGAUGAAACCGAAACUCUGUCAUCGGUAAAUUAGAGAACACUGUAGAAAACAAGAGACACAACAAAGGCGUUCCGAACGAAAUUCAGAUGCAGGGUUAUCGAAACGUUCAUACUUCAAACAGUGUUUCAUGUAAUGUUAUGAUGUAUAAGAUAGGUAUUUUCGAGGCGAUUGAAAGAUUUGAAAGAUUCUGAUGUGGUUUUCAACAAUAUUUUCAGGAUGCGACCUUAUCUGAACCUCUGAACCGCCGAGUUCGGGAAUUCUUAGAACGGGUCGACAAUCUUAGACUCUCAAAGAAGAGAGAAAAAUGUGUGAACUUUGAUCAUAUUCAUACGGAGUUUUUACUGUUGAAUCUCUGAAAACCAAUUGGCUUGGUUAGCGAAAGAAAAAGGGAAAUUCCUGAAAGUUGACGGAAGUUUGUGUUGACAUUGCAAAUAUAAUAUGUCUUCCGCAGCUUGAGCAUCCUCUUUAAUUAGAUUGGAGGUUAAGUCGAUGAGAAAACUCGGACGUGAAAUGGACACGUAAUUCUCCUCAUCGAAAACAAGAAUCAAAACCGAACCGAACCACGGGUACACAUUGUAUUUAUUAUAUGUUAUAUAGAGUUAUUAUAUUUCCUUUGGUGUGCAUUGUUUUGUUAUUCGUGAAGUUUUACUACUGAACAACUGUCUUAAAAAUACUUUGUUAAUAAAUGAAGUACUACAUGUAA